AUGAGCUACGGAGAAAUUGAUCAGUUAGCCAUCAACACCAUCCGCCUGUUGGCGGUUGAUGCCACCUUCGCCAGCAACUCUGGCCACCCUGGUGCCCCCAUGGGUAUGGCUCCCGUUGCCCACGUUCUCUUCAGCAAGUUCAUGAACUUCAACCCCAAGAACCCCUCAUGGCUCAACCGUGACCGCUUCGUCCUCUCCAACGGCCACGGCUGCAUGCUUCAGUAUGCUCUCCUUCACCUCUUCGGCUAUGCCGUCUCCCUCGACGACAUCAAGAAGUUCCGUCAACUUGGCAGCAUCACCCCCGGUCACCCCGAGGCUCACGACACCCCCGGCAUUGAGGUCACCACCGGCCCUCUCGGUCAGGGUAUCUGCAAUGCUGUCGGUCUUGCCAUUGCCCAGGCUCACACUGCCGCCGUCUUCAACAAGCCCGGCUUCGACAUUGUCAACAACUACACCUACUGCUUCCUCGGCGAUGGCUGCUUGAUGGAGGGUGUCUCUGGUGAGGCCUCUUCCCUCGCCGGUCACCUCCAGCUCGGCAACCUCAUCUGCAUCUACGAUGACAACCACAUCUCCAUUGACGGUGACAUCAACGUCGCCUUCACUGAGGAUGUUGUCAAGCGCUACGAGGCUUACGGCUGGCACGUCGUCACCGUCGGCGAUGGUGACAACGACCUUGCCAGCAUCGAGCAGGCCAUCAAGGCUUGCCAGGACGUUAAGGACAAGCCCUCCAUGGUCAAGCUCCGCACCACCAUUGGCUACGGUUCCCUCAAGGAGGGCACCCACGGUGUCCACGGCUCUCCCCUCAAGGCCGACGACAUUGAGCAAGUCAAGACCAAGUGGGGCUUCAACCCCAAGGAGAGCUUCGUCGUUCCCCAGCAGGUCUACGACCUCUACGGCAAGCACUCUUCUCAGGGUGCUGCCCUCGAGGCUGAGUGGAACCAGCUCCUCGCCAAGUACGGCGAGGCCUUCCCUGCCGAGCACGCUGACCUCACCCGCCGCCUCAAGGGCGAGCUCCCCGAGGGCUGGGAGAAGGCUCUCCCCGUCUACUCCCCCAACGACGCUGCCGUUGCUACCCGCAAGCUCUCUGAGAUUGUUCUCUCCAAGAUUGAGGGCGUCCUGCCCGAGCUCAUGGGUGGUUCCGCCGAUUUGACCGGUUCCAACCUUACCCGCUGGAAGGAUGCUGUUGACUUCCAGCCUCCCUCCUCCGGCCUCGGUGACUACACUGGCCGCUACCUCCGCUACGGUGUCCGUGAGCACGCCAUGGGUGCCAUCAUGAACGGUCUUGCCGCCUACGGCACCGUCAUCCCCUACUCCGGUACUUUCCUCAACUUCGUCUCGUACGCUGCCGGUGCUCUCCGCCUCUCUGCCCUUUCUCACUUCCGCGCCAUCUGGGUCGCCACCCACGACUCCAUUGGUCUCGGUGAGGACGGUCCUACUCACCAGCCCAUUGAGACUCUCGCCCACUUCCGUGCCCUCCCCAACUGCAUGGUCUGGCGCCCUGCUGACGGUAACGAGACUUCUGCCUCUUACCUCGUCUCCAUCAAGGCUUCUGGCACUCCCAGUGUCAUUGCCCUUUCUCGCCAGAACCUUCCCCAGCUCGAGGGUUCCACCAUCGAGAAGGCCGCCAAGGGUGGUUACGUUCUCCAGGAGACUGAGGGCGCCCAGGUCACUCUUAUUUCCACCGGUUCUGAGGUUGGCAUCUGCGUUGACGCUGCCAAGGAGCUCGCCGAGAAGCACGGUGUCAAGGCCCGCAUUGUCUCCAUGCCCUGCACGGAAGUCUUUGAUGCUCAAGACAAGGACUACCGCCUCUCUGUUCUCCCUGACGGCAUCCCCGCCAUGUCCGUCGAGGUCCUCACCACCAUUGGUUGGGAGCGUUACGCCCACGAGCAGUUUGGUCUCAACCGCUUCGGUGCUUCCGGUGCCUACAAGGACGUCUACAACAGAUUCGAGUUCAACCCCGAGGGUAUCGCCAAGCGCGCCCUUGCCACGAUCGAGUUCUACAAGGGCACCAACGUCCGCUCCACCAUCAACCGUGCUUUCCAGCAGCUCGAGUAA